AACAUCGUCGCCGUCCUUCUUUGUACAGUACAUUGUGAUUGACAUGUCUCUGGCCUUCCGGUUCAAAGCUGGAGGUUCUGAAUAUAACGCUACAAUGGCUCCCACUUCUACUUCUGUUCAUCAUCACAGAAGUACCACAAAAACAGAUCACAAACCGUUCAAAUCGAAGUUUGCCUCUAAAAGCGCUCUCAAGGAUAAAGCAAAGGGCAAAAUCGAAACACAAAGGCCAGAAAAGGGCCAGAGAAAGACUCCCCAUCAGCAAGUCAUGUCGAAGUUAGCCAGACGCAACCAGGCAAAGCAACUGCGCAUGAACCACAAGGAUAAAAGAGAUGGAGAAGAAAAUAUCUUUCAGGGUGCAGAUGCCGCUGCCAAACACAUCGCAAUCGUGCCCCUAUCGAAGAGUAUCGACCCCUACUCCGCCAUCAAAACCCUGAACAACAGUGUCGAUGUUCCCGGGCCCGAAUCGACCAGCGGCACUGUCCCUGUUCGAGUCGACAGAUUCCGCCGCAACCUCCUCUACCUACCAGGCUCCUUGCAUCUGCUGAAAGCGCUGGACGUUUGCAAAUUGGCCGACUGGGUUGUGUUCGUGCUUGAUGCAGAGCAGACGUUUGGUGAAGAGGAGGAUUCGUUUCUCAAGGCCUUGGAAGGACAAGGAAUCACAAAUGUCACUGCUGUGGUGCACGAUCUUGAUGCGAAGGUUCCAGUGGCAAAGAGGUCACGCCAUCUUACAGACUUGAAGAUCGCCAUCGGCCGGUACUUCCCAGCUUUGGACAAAUUGUCAAGUCUCGAUAGCAAAUCGGAUUGUUCAAAUCUGGUGCGAAGUAUGUGCACUGCGUCGACGAGAGGAAUCCGGUGGCGUGAUGACAGAAGUUGGAUGUUGAUCGAGAACUUGAACUGGUCAGGCGCCGCUGAUGGAGCAGAUACGACUACAGUCACAGUGUCGGGAAUAGUCCGUGGAAAAGGCAUGAACCCGGACCGAUUAGUCCACGUUCCAGGCUGGGGAGAUUUUCAGAUCCGGGUCAUCAGGGAGUUACCGAAAGGACAAAAGCGAAUAGCUGAGGAGAUGGAUGCGGAUGUACAAGUCAAAGAAUGGAGACCAACAGAGAAUCAGGACGAUCUGGCAGAACUGGCGCCUGAACAAGCCGAAAUGCACGAUAUCGCCAGCACGGCGGCUACCACCGAGCACAAAGGUGUACUACUCGACGAUUACCACUAUUUCUCUGACGACAACUCUCAUAUUCCUGCUACACCCAAGAAACUUCCCAAGGGUACCUCCGACUACCAGGCUGCGUGGUACCUGGAUGACGUUUCAGAUUCCGACUCUGACAUGCUUGACGAAGACAACGACGGCGAUGUUGCCAUGGAUGCAGAAUCUCUCGGUCCAGAGGAUGGCGUGGUAGCGAAUGGGGUAGAGGCCAUGACGGAAGGGGGACCAUCAGAAUACCCCGAAUCGGAAAUGCAUGUGGAUGCCGACGAUGAAGAGGAAGCUCGACAAUUAGCAGAAUAUCGCGCCAACAAAAAGCAAGAAGCCGAAGACGACCUCGAAUUUCCGGACGAGAUUGAACUCCAUCCAGAAAUGUCGGCUCGAGAAAGACUGAUCAAAUAUCGAGGUCUCAAGAGUCUAAGGACCAGUGAGUGGAAUCAUGCCGAAGACGCACCCUACGAACCAUUUGAGUACAAGCGCCUCCUCCAGGUCGCCGACUACAAGAAAUCGUACAGUGCAGCGCUGAAGGAGUCAUUGGGAGGCGGCGUGAUUGCAGGAACGAGGGUUGAGGUACAGCUACGAAAUGUGCCUGCCUCUCUUGCUUCCACUCCUCCUCCGGCGUGCAUGUUCUCUCUUCUGCGCCACGAGCACAAACAUGCCGUCAUCAACCUCAACAUGACCUUAUCUUCGGAUCUGCAAGCACCGUUGAAGUCCAAAGACGAAAUCAUCGUGCAGAUUGGCCAUCGCCGUCUCAUUGUCAAUCCAAUCUUUUCGGCUUCGGGAAACACACCCAACGACGUCCACAAAUUUGACCGAUAUAUUCAUCCUGGACGAACAGCAAUCGCAACCUUCACAGGGCCAAUGACUUGGGGAUCUGUACCUGUUCUCGUUUUCCGCCGCGAGACACCCUCCGAGGAUGCCGCACCCGCGCUGGUCGAUUCAAUGCAACCGGAUGUGCCAGCCUCGCAAGGACAAUUGCAACUCAUCGGCACUGCGACGACCAUCGCUCCAUCGUCAUCACGCAUCAUUGCAAAACGCGCCAUCCUGACAGGCCACCCUCUCAAGAUCCACAAGAAAUUAGUGACGGUACGAUACAUGUUCUUCAACCGCGAGGACGUACUGUGGUUUGCCGCGCUACCGUUGUGGACGAAGCGUGGUCGUCAAGGAUUCAUCAAAGAGCCGCUUGGUACGCACGGGUACUUCAAAGCUACAUUCGAUGGCAAGAUCAAUCCUAUGGAUGCCAUCGGUGUGAGUCUGUAUAAGCGUCUUUGGCCACGGCCAGCCAAGGCCUGGGAGUAAUGUCCCGGCCUUGGAAUACCUGCCAGAUGAAAUCAUCAGAUAUAUAGGUAGAUACUCUAGAAGGUGAUCCGAUGACAUGAUGAACGAUAUGACCCAU